GACCGGGGAGCCGUACGUCCGCCCGGUCCGCGGUAGCCCGAUAUGUGCAACUUGCCAUCACAAAUGAAGCUCGACUGCAUCGUCACCGCUGCUGCCCGCUGAAGUCGCAAGGAAGAUAUCAACACGCGAAUUAUCACCAUCAUAAAUGGGCAACAAGCCAUCGGCCGAGGCAGAAGGGGUAACUUGUGCAUCGUGCCAGGGUGCCCUGCCAGCAAACAACUACGCCUUUGAACACAUCCUUGGGCAGCUGUUCGUCUUCUACGAGGAGCACCCUCCGCAGGAGCGCUUCGCAUUCGACUUCCGCGACUCCACGACCUCCAUCCAGGGGGCACUGGGCGAGCUGGCCUCAGUGUCAAAAACACUGCAGUACUUUCGCGGUGACUCCGAGCCGCCCUACACCUACUACUGCCCCGCCUGCUUCGUGCUGGAGGCCAGCCCGCGGCAGCGCCAGCUGGCCAACCGGCUGUGCAGCCCCGGCGGUGUGCCGACCAUUGGGCUGUGGAGCGAGGGGCUGACGGGCGCACCGCCGGGGGCUGCCACGCAGGCGGCGGCGGUUUCACCCCAUCACGCCGGUGGAACGCAGACUGGUAAUGGUGGCAACAUGGACGGGGCCGGGGCUGGUGGUGGUGGCGGUGGCAGCCGGCCGGACUACGCAGCUGCCAUUGCCGCCUCCCGGAGAGGCGGCGGCGGCGGCGGCUCCCAGGCGGCCGCAAGCCGGGCGGCAGCAGGCGCCGGGGCGGACGGCGAGGACGAGGAGGAGGAUGCAGCGGAUGUGCUGACGGCGCCAGAGUUUGAGGCUGGGUUUUACUACAACACUGGCGAGCGAGUGGUGUGGGGCGGGCACGAGUAUGUGUGCCGGCGCUCGCAUGAGGGCCGGGCGGGCGGGCCGCUGCAGCCCGUGAUGCUGCCCGCGCGCCAGGUGAAGGAGCAGGAGCUCGGGGCGGGUGCGGCGGUAGCGGCGGCGGCGGCAGGACAGGGCGCAGGGGUGUUCAGCCCGGAGGUGUGCUGGGUGCGGGUGCAGGCGGCGGGGGCACACGGGACCGGCGGCGGCAGCAGCAGCGGUGGGAGCCACCGGGCGCUGGGUCACGGGUCACAGGGCCAGGGGCACGGCCGCCACCCCCACACGCCGCACACACCGCGGCUGCCCCAAUCAGUAGCGGCGAUCGAUGACGUGCCCGUGGCGGGCGACAGCUAGCGUGCUGGGUGGGGGGUCACAGGAUCCAAACCCGCAGUGUGCUGCGGCGUGCCCGCGCGAGGGGUGCGAGACGAACGAGGCAGAGGGCGGCAGUGGGUAGGCAGGCUGGUGUGGUGGUUGUUGCCGGUGGAAAUGAUGCAUGUGCACCACAGGCGAGAUAGCUAGGCAUCAGGUAGGGCCCGAGGUGUGUCCUGCAGGGCUUGGUGCUGUGGACCCCACAGGGCGUGGUAAUAGCCCUGGCCCACCAGCACGUUAGCAGUGGGCCAGUCGCAUUUAGCAGAAUGUGCACAACAUGCUCUCACGUGUGUGCUUUCGACCUUGCAUUGCAUGAGUUGAUUGGGGCAUGAACCGCACUGGCUCGGCCGGAAACGUUACACCAGAUUGCCGCCCAGGUGUCCAAGUCGCGGGCAGAGCACAUGCAUUUAUUGUUGUUGCAAUACGAGCCGUUGUGAAGCCGUUGCUGGCAUGCCUUCA